GCGUCGACGAGCUGAGGUUAGAAUUGUUGAAAGAAUCCUGAUACAUUCCUAUAAUGGCUGUUGCUCAACUUUCUCACUCCACCAAAAUACAAAGGGAAUCUAAGAAAACAGUUUUUCUAUCCCAAAUCACUAAUGAGCACGAGUCAUUGAUAAUGGUGAAGAAACUUUUUGCUACUUCUAUUUCCUGUAUAACAUAUUUAAGGGGCCUAUUUCCAGAGAGCUCUUAUGGAGAACGCCAUUUGGAUGAACUCAGUUUAAAAAUUCUCCGAGAAGACAAAAAAUGUCCUGGGUCAAUGCAUAUUAUCAAAUGGAUUCAAGGUUGUUUUGAUGCUUUGGAAAAGAGAUACCUACACAUGGCAGUACUUAUGCUUUACACAAAUCCCCAGGAAUCUGAGAAAGUGACUGAGCUAUACCAGUUCAAAUUCAAAUACACAAAAGAAGGAGCCACUAUGGAUUUUAGCAGCAGCAGUACAAGCUUUGAAAGUGGGACAAACAGUGAAGAUAUUAAGAAAGUCAGUGUUCUACUGAUCCGUAAAUUGUAUAUACUGAUGCAGAACCUUGGGCCCCUUCCUAAUGAUGUUGUACUUACUAUGAAACUCCACUACUAUAAUGCAGUGACGCCAUAUGAUUACCAACCACCUGGUUUUAAAGAAGGGGUGAAUUCACACUUCCUGCUGUUUGAUGGGGAGCCUGUCAGCCUGCAAGUGGGAUUGGUUUCCACUGGCUUUCACAGCAUGAAAGUAAAAGUUACAACUGAGGCUUCCAGAGUUUCUGAUUUGGAGAAUAAUCUCUUUCAGGAAAAUAGCACUAUGGAGAUCGCCCAUCAAGGUCUAGACUGUGAUGAAGAAGAAGAAUGCAACAAUCAU